AUGGUGAAAGCAGUUAUUUUUACAGAUUUCGACGGAACCGUGACCAAAGAGGACUCAAAUGACUAUUUGACGGACGAAUUGGGGUUCGGUAAGGAGAAAAGAUUGCGAGUUUUUGACGGGGUUUUGGACGGUACCAAAUCGUUCCGAGAGGGAUUUUGGGAGAUGUUGGAAUCGAUCAACACGCCGUUCGACGAGUGUACCAAGAUUCUGGAAGAUAAGAUCGCUUUGGACCCCGGGUUUAAGGAGACGUUUCGUUGGGCACAGCAAAAAGGCGUUCCCAUUGUUGUCGUGUCGAGUGGGAUGAGACCUUUGAUCAAAGCGUUGCUGACGAAAAUGGUCGGUCCGGAGUCGAUCCAUGAGCUGGCCAUUGAAUCCAACGAAGUCGAAAUCGACGAGAACCAGAAAUGGCAUAUUGUGUACAAGGACGAAUCCGCUUUUGGCCACGACAAAUCUCGGACCAUCGAGGCGUACAAGAAGAAGUUCGAAGCUUCUGGCGACCGUCCUGUGUAUUUCUAUUGCGGUGACGGUGUUUCGGACUUGAGUGCUGCGAAGGAAUGCGACUUGCUGUUCGCGAAGCGUGGCAAGGAUUUGGUUACCUUCUGUAAACGUGAAAAUGUGCCCUUCCACGAGUUUGACACCUGGAAAGACAUCUUGCAAAGCAUGCAACAGGUUCUAGCGGGUGAGAAAACCGUUAAGGAGUUGAUGGAGAACUAG